AUGUCUACCGACACCAAAUCCUUCCGCCAAUUAGUUGGCGUCACCCCAUCCACAGCAUCCGUGCAAGACUCCACCUUAAUCAUCAUCGAUGCCCAAAACGAAUACGCCUCAGGCAAACUGAAAGUCGAAAAUGUCGACGCAAGCCGCAAAGUCAUUGCAGAUUUACUAUCUCGAUACCGCCGUGGCGGUAAUGGCAGUAACAUUGUCCACGUCGUCCACGAAGUACCCGAGGGAGCACCGGUUUUCACACCCGGCACGCCGUUCGCAUCUGUAUUUGACGAGUUGAAGCCCCAGUCUGGCGAGAAGAUUGUCACUAAGCAUUAUGUGAGCUCGUUUGCUCAGACUGAUUUGCAUGAGUAUCUUCAGGGACUGGGAAGUACGGGGAAGAAGAUUGUUCUUGUGGGAUAUAUGGCGCAUGUCUGUGUGUCUACUACCGCGCGGGCUGGAAACGAUCUUGAGUAUGACGUCUUGGUUGUGUCGGAUGCUAUUGGUGACCGGCACAUCCCCGGUGUUCAGGCGGAGACUUUGGUUUCUGUUGUGCUUUGUGAAUUGGGAGAUGGAUUUGCUUCUAUUAUCCAGGCUGCCGAUAUUACUGAAUAA